AUGUUGCGCUCAACCCUAAGUAAUUCACCACUGAGCGCGGCCAAAAGAACCGAUAUCCAUGGCUCGGUCCUGCCGGAGGACACUUCCCCAACGCGGAGAUGGCCAUGGGGGUGGAGCGAUGUGGGCCACAUCGCGAACUGGACGCCAAUGAGUGCAAGCAUCAACAAGCAACGCGAAGCCCUGGCCGAAGCAUCCGGGAAGCGAUCACCGCCAGGCCAGCCUAUCACGGCGUGGGACUUGGGCCAUCACGUCAUUCUCAUCGGUGUAAACAACGCGAGUCGAGUAACUCGACAGGCCUGA